GCUCCAUCUGCGGCAUACUGGUUUUCUGCUGCUGAGCCAGAAUGGUGUCACUUUCUUUUGCAGCUCUACCCUUGACAAUACCGCCUGUGUAAGAGAGGGGGGAUACCUUCUUGGCUUUGAUUGUUUUUUGAAAGGCGAGGUAAGCGAAUGCCGCCUUUUUUGUUUUAAUGGAAAAAUAGCAACACAUAUAAAACGUGAGUGUGAAACAAAAAGGUGCUGACAUUUGAAGAUGGAACUAAGUUGUGUUAAGGAGGAACACGUGCAACAGAAUAUCUGUAAAAAUCUUGAUGUUGAAACUGUGAAUUGGUGGCCAGUAAAAAUUAAGCAAGAGUAUGUUGAUGCUGAACUGGAUUCAUCCCCCUGUAAAGAAGAAGCCCAAGAAGAAGAUGACGAAGGAGAUGAAUCUACUCCAUUUAAAGAAGAAGCUGAACUUGAAUUGGAAUCUGGUCUGUAUGCCAAUGAUGUUAGUGAGCUCGGUCAUGUUCAUGUUGUAGAAAUAUCAGACAACAAAAUAUUGUUAACUGUGGAACAAGAUCAUCUUUCCUAUCCAUGUCCUCGAUGCAGGAUCUCCUUUGUUUCACAACAGUAUCUAUGGAACCAUUUGAAGGACAUACAUAAUGAAUCAUUUCAUGCUAUUAUGACACUGUAUACCAGUCCGGAUUGUACACAGAAUUUAAAUGAAAUGAAUACUAUUCGUGCUGAUCUAAGUGACAAUCGUUUUCACUGUUCUGAAUGUGGGAAGACAUUCAGUAAAUCUGGGAACCUUAGGAAACAUCAAAGAAUUCACCUUGGUGACACUCCAUAUCAUUGUGUGGAAUGUGGCAAGCAAUUUCUGGAGUUUGGUGUUCUGAAAAGGCACCAAAAAAUUCAUGUUGAAAAAUGCCCUUAUAUUUGUAAGGAAUGUGGAAAAGAAUUCAGGCAGGUGGGAGAUCUAAAGAAACACUUACGAAUUCAUACAGGUGAAGCUCCUUACCUCUGCACUGUAUGUGGAAAGAGAUUCAAUCAGCUGGGCAACCUUAAAGUUCAUGAGCGGAUUCAUACAGGUCAGACUUUCUACCACUGCUCUUUUUGUGAGAAGAGUUUUAAAGUAUCAGGUGACCUUAAAAAACAUAUACGGAUUCACACUGGAGAGAAGCCAUACCAAUGUACUAACUGUGACAAAAAAUUUCGCAUUAUUGGACACCUUAAAAAGCAUCAACGAGUUCACAAAAAUUAAGUGGUGACAUUAUUAUUACCAGACUGUAACAUUCACCUCAAGUUGAAAGACUAUCUUGGAGUUUUCAGACAUUGAGGUGAUUUUGUUUACGUUGUGAAGACUAUAUAAAUGGUUCAGACCAUACAGUGCUUUUAAGUUUUGUUUUUUCUUUUUUUUUUGGACUGCCAAGGAUCUACAUUGAGCACCAUGCAAAGAUUACUUGUUGGCAUUGUGUACCAUGACAAUAGCACUUAAGAAGAAAUUAUUGGAAAAGACAGAUGGAGAAGCUUACAUUCCUGUCAAACAGUGUACUGAAAAUAGUAAUUAUGAUAUUUAUGAGAGGAAAGACUUGUUCUAGAGAUGAUAGAGCUUAACUGUACCACCCCUAUCUGUUGGGUAAUAUGAAAUGUGAAGAUGAAGGAGGAAACAGGAACAUUCAGUGAGGGUUAGGGUUGCUCGGCAUACCUGAAUCAUUGUGAGAGAAAUUUGUAUCAUUAAGUAAUAUUAAUUUGAUUAAAGUAAAAAAGCAGAAAGGUGGGUGGUACAGUGGUAGCACUGCUGCAUCACAGUUAGGAGACCCGGGUUCGCUUCCUGGGUCCUCCCUGCGUGGAGU